GCGGGGCUCCCGGGACUUCGGCUGAGCUGCGCGCGCCUGUGUCCGCGCGGCAGCGAGAUGAGCGGGGCAGGGUCUGCGGGCACGGCCGGGGGGCUGCGGGUAGAAGGGCUGCCACCGCUACCCAAAAGCCUGAGCGGGCUGCUGCACUCGGCGGCCGGCGGCGCGGCGGGCGGCUGGCGACACCUGGAGCGGCUGUACGCGCAGAAGUCGCGCAUCCAGGACGAGCUGAGCCGAGGGGGCGCGGGCGGCGGCGGGGCGCGGGCUGCGGGGACCCGGAACAAGCCCCCCAACCUGGACGCCGCGCUGGCGCUGUUGCGCAAGGAGAUGGUUGGCCUGCGACAGCUGGACAUGUCCUUGCUCUGCCAACUGUACAGCCUCUACGAGUCCAUUCAGGAGUACAAGGGAGCGUGCCAGGCAGCCUCCAGCCUGGACUGCACCUAUGCUCUGGAGAACGGCUUCUUUGAUGAUGAGGAGGACUUCCAGGAGCAGGGCUCGCUCCGAGAAGGCCAGGGCCGAGGCCCUCCCCGGGACUUGUCACUGCCUGUGAGCCACCUCUCCAGCAGCGACUGGAUUCUGGAGUCUCUCUAGCACCCCUGGAGCCCAUCAACACAGACAGACUGGCAGCAUCUGUUUCUCUUCUUGCAAGAAAGCACGUUAGCCUCUCCAUGGUGGAUGGUUCAUGGGUACGUGGGGACUAGUGCCUCCAGUCUAACGUGUGGAUAGGAGUUUGUUGACAAGUGGGACAGCCUCCUCAGUUGGCUGCAGGGUCUUCCUGGUGACCUAGAGGCCUGUUAGCAUAUCCCUGGCCCCCUGAGUGGCACCUGCUGGAGGCUGUGACUGAAGGGUUCCAUGUGGAAAGCCUUCAUGGGCCUUCUGGGGGAGCUUGCUCUCAGCCAGCUUCUUUGUAGGUGGCAGGCGUGUUGUACCCCCUUUGUUUAAGAAUGCCGCGCUGGUGAGAUGUGGAAACCAUUUCCCCGCCCAGAGCCCCCAGGGUGGUCCUCAUCUUUUCUCGCUGUCACUGAGCUGUUAGCUUCUUUGCUCAGAUUUCUUUGAAAGUUGUGUCACUGAGUCGUGAGAGCUUUCUGGAAGGAGGAAAUAUUCUGCCACUCUGGUCACUUUUCUGCAACUACCAAAACUGACAUCCGGCAAAGGUAGAGGGGAAAAACUUGAACGAAUACACCCUGAAUGGAGAGAGAAAACCUGGGACACCAUGAGUGACGGUUGACGGCUACGACUGUAGACUGCCGUGCUGGAAAGCAGUCCUUCCAAGCCUUAAUCUAUUUAUUAAAACUCUUUCACAAGAGCGUCACACUGUGGGUUAAACAUGGAUAGAGUGCGUAAGUGUCUCUUGCCGUGUGUCGUUUUGUUUGGGUGUCUGAGGAUGUGGCUCAGUGGGUCCGGUGAGCCCCUAGCAUAUGUGAGGCCUGGGAUUUGACCUUAGUAUCAUGUCAGCUGGGCAAGGUGGUAUGUGCCUGUAACCCUAGGACUGAGGUGGAGGCAGGAGGAUUACAAGUUCAAGGUCAACUUGGCAAUACAGAGUUCAGGGCCACUUUGGGCUACCCUUUCUCAAACAAAACAAAAAUCAUAUUCUGAGUUCAAAACCUGCAGGUGAGUCCAAUACAACACAUAUUGAAAGAAAGUUAAGACUUUUUUGGCCACUAAGUGAAUUUUAGGAGGUAGAUUUAUUUCUCUGUUAAGCUUGGACAGUUGUCUCAUUGGUACCGGACCACAUCUACACCAAGAUUUCACCUGGUUUAUCGGAGCAUGCCAGGUUCCUUCCUCCUCUUUUGGUGAGAAGUCUGCUCACCAGUGCCCUCUGUAGUCCAGCAAGGGAAGUGCAAUUUAACAAGUGAGUUAACAGGGCACCAGCGACAAAGCAAAGGAUUACACAAAAGUCCACCUUGGCAAACCGACAAGCUUGUUGAUGUUACUCACUGGCCUGUAUGAUCCCCAGACAGCUACAUCAUCACAAAGUCCCUCUCCAGGAUGGUCGAUGAGCUUCCCGUAGCUGUGCAGAGGACGGUCCUCUUUCCCCACGCCGUCCCAGCAGCUAACUCACACUCUACCCUUUCACCUCCAAGACCAGACCAGGAGACCAGAUGUGACAGCUGUUCCCAUCAAGAUGACAGUGGCUGUUGUGCUUGGAGGACCCUGUGCUGGUUACUUUGUCAACACAAGCUUGAGUCAUCUGGGAAGAGGGACUGUCAGUCAGGGUAUUUUCUCCAUCAGACUGGCCUGUAGGCAUUACCUGGGAUGUUUCCUGAUUGAUGAUUGGCGUGGGAGGGCCCAGCCUACUGUGAGCGGUGCUGCCCUGGGCAGGUGGUUCUGAAUAGGAAGGUAGUUGAUUAAGUCAGAGGGGUCAAGCCAGUAAGCAGCCUUCUUCUACAGUCUGUGCUUGCCCUGAUGAUGAACUAGUAAGUGUAAGAAGAAAUAAACCCUUUCCUCUCCCAAGAUGUUUUUGGUCAGGGUUUUACCAUAGCAACAGAAAGUCAACCAAGACAAGCUGCAUUUAGUUACACAACAACCCACGCAUUAGCCUGUCUAUGCCGAGGGACUAUUAGAGGAAGACAAGUGUCCCUGCUCAGCGUCUCUGCUGGCAGUAGUCAAAGGGAAGGGGUGUGUGUCUGUGAGUGCCACCAGCCUGUGACAGUGGUUCAGACAGGACGAGAAGUUGAAAGCAGAAAAUUUAGUCACCUGUGAGGCUAAGUCCUGCUUAGCUAUAAGAUAGAGCCUAGGUCGGCUACUCUCAGUCCUGACUGCAUUAAGGUCACGUGGAGAGCGUUGGGAAGAGCUUCAGAAGCAGUCAGUGCCCCACUCCAAAUCUGGAUCUUAGAUGCUGGGGGGUCCGAGCCCGCUAGCAGAUGGGAGUCAUAGAUCAGGAAAGGCGCGUUCCACCACGCGCCUCUCUACUGUAAACCACCUUCAUUCCUCAAAAAUUACCUACAGCUGCCUUUUAAAAACUCACAACACAAUAAAACUGCUUUUUACUGCUUUUUCUUAAGUGGGUUUACAAGUCAGGGCAGAUGAAAUGAAGCCGGGCUUUGGAGAUGGCCACACUGGGGAAGACAAGGCAUACUGUCUGUUUUGGGAUGCAUAAGGCAGUUCUGACCUUGAGAGAGAGAGAGAGAACACUACAGAGCAGACACUCUGCCUGGUUCCUGCUACCUGUGUCCUGGGAAGCACAGGGAGCCGCUGCAGUGGAAUCCUUCAUCUGUUUUCUUGUUUGGGAUUUCGAGCAAGGUCUCACUGUCGCCCAGGAUGGCCUGAGACUCCAGGCACUCCUCCUGCCUCAGCUGUCUAAAUGUGGAGACUUUGAGACUUGUAUCCAUCUGCCCCUUGGUCAGAAUGGAAUACACUCCACACGCUGGCCUCAAGGCUCACUGGCUGAGGUAGCAGAGCUUUGUGCAUUGCCCUCACACACCCAGGGGAGAGCCCUGCUCGCCUUGGCAGUGAGCAGCGAUGCCCUGGUGGAUGGGCACAGCAGUCACCUGGGGUUUUGCAGCAGGUGGAAAACUCUUCCCAAAGUCGUCUGAAGGUAGAACCUCAGGAGUUUGGCUCUGAAGCACGCCUGGAGAGGGCCUUGAGAGAACUGAUCAGUAACCUUGAAAUGGAAUCACCUUGUAUUACCUAGGUGGGUCAUGAGGGAACGUGACUGGAUGGAGAUUAGAGAGAUGCUGGCCAGUUAUAAGCCAAGGAGGAUGCAGAGUCUCUACAGCAGUGUGUUCCCCUUAGCACCUCCAGAGGGUGCACAGCCCAGGUAGGGGCACAUAGAAACUUAUGAAACUGCCUGCCUGCAUUCCUUAUGCAAGAAGAAUAAGCAUGUCCUAAGUCUCCUAGCUGCAGGCACCUGGUAGACUCCUGGGCACCUCCAUGUUCUCUGAUAGCUCAUCACCAGAGAGCCAACAUUACUCAACCCAACACUGGACUUAACACUGUCCUCGCCUUCCACACUGAAAACACUUCCUCAUCUACUCUCGAGAGCCAACGAAAUCAACAGGUUUCUUCUGGUCAUUAUUAGGAAUUAGUAAGAUGCAACUGUUAGGCCCUUAAAACUGCCUGCCACAACCCAGUAGGACAUGCAGGCACUUAUUAAAUGGGAGUAAGCAGGUGGGGUCCAUUUCACGCCCCAGGUUCUGGCUUCCCUGUUCUUUGUUGACGCUUCAGAAGCCAGUAUUUAGUUUGAAGCUAGAAAUACUUUCCUUCACAGGAUUUUCUUACUCUGUAGUGAAGGCUGUGGGUAGGCAUGGGCCAGACUGGUGCAGCUGUCAAGGGUCCCAGCAACAUGUUCACUUCCUUUCAUCACUGCCUCCCUCGGAGACACUCAAGCUGCAACCUGGUCUAGUCACCCGAGUCCUCUACGGAUCAAAACUCCUCGUCUCCCUUUCCUGCACUAUAUUUGAGGAAUGGUAAAUUGUUCUUUCUUACCAAUACAGACCCUCCCCAGAGACCGCCACUAGGCGACAGAUAGGUCCAUCAGACCAAGAACAAUGGGCACUUGAUCUUGUCAUUGCUCUGGUGUGACCCUAUGCAUGCCCAUUAGCCAUUUUGUGGUUUCAACAUCUUUAAGCUUUCUGACUAAUGCAGCCUUGCAAGUAUUUAAAAAUAUCCUUUUGUGGGCUCCCGUGUACGAUGCUAUCUCCAGACACUGUAACGAAGAGCACCUGUCCCAUGGCUGCACCGUCUGCAGCGCUCUUAUGAGCAACGUGGUCUCGGCAUUGAAAACAAGAGCUAGCUGGGGGCUCUGCCACAGCUUACGCUUUCUCCCUCUGAGACAGGGUCAUUCUAUGUGGACCAGGCUUACUUUAAACUUUCCAUCCUCCUGCUUCAGCCUCCAGAGUGCUAGGAUUGAGGGAGCGCAACACCUGGCUUCAGCUGUUUAUCACUGUAGUCACGAGGCAGAUCUUCCAGGAGGGAACAUGCCCCCCCGGACCCCCUUUUCAAUCCAUAUUUAGUGUGUUAACACCUUGCAGAAGAAGCUGGUUUUUUCCUUUCAGCACGUGGGUCUUGAGACUCUAACUUAGAUGGCCAGGCUCUGCGGCAGGUCCUUUAUCCUCUGAGCCAGCUCACCAAUGUUUGAAUAAACCAUGUGCAAGCCCCUGUACCCAACCCAGGUCUGGAAACACAAAAACCAAAACCAACCACACAAAGAGAAGGUUGGAGCAAAAUGAAGCUCACAGCUGCAGUCUAGAGACAGGCAUGCAUUCUUACUAAGACCCUGCAACAUAUUUGUCUUUCAAGGUUUUCAUUAAAAAUGCUGAAAAAUGCUGGGGAUGUUAGCUGACUGCGUAGACAUGGUUUGAGUGUAGGGAAAGUCCCUCUCACACGCCACUCCACUGGUAGCUGACUGGUCUCAGUAUUUUUUGUUCUUAAGUAACGGGACAAUACUGAGCAGACUGCUCUGACCCCUUUGGUUGGCCGCAGGAUCUCACACAUGCUAAGCCAAGGGUCUAGCACUAAGCUACAUCCCAGUCCUUUCUAUUCUGAGGCAGGGUCUUGCUAAGCUGCUUGAACUGACCCUGACCUCAUUGUGGCGUCCAAACUGGCCUGGAACUUACUCUCUUGCCUCAGCCUGGAGUAGAGGGGAUUACACGGUGUACCAUCACACUGGCUCUAAUUCAGUUUUUUUUUUUUUUUUUUAAUAGUUAUUUAUUCUGUAUACAAUAUUCUGUCUGUGUGUACGCCUGCAGGCCAGAAGAGGGCACCAGACCUCAUUACAGAUGGUUGUGAGCCACCAUGUGGUUGCUGGGAAUUGAACUUAGGACCUUUGGAAGAGCAGGCAAUGCUCUUAACCGCUGAGCCAUCUCUCCAGCUCUAAUUCCUUGUUUUAAACUGAGCACCACUUGCCGAGCGGUGGUGGUGCAUGCCUUUAAUCCCAGCACUUGGGAGGCAGAGGCAGGUGGAUCUCUUUGAGUUCAAGAACAGCCUGGUCUACAAGAGCUAAUUCCAGGGGGCUCCAUUUGUGAAGAAUUCAGAGGAGAAGGGUGUGUCACUGGGGGUGGACUUUGAGGUUUCCAAGACUCCUGUGAUUCCCAGUGCUCAGUGUGCCUCUUGCUUGUGGAUCAAGAUGUGAGCUCUCAGCUGUUCCUUCCCUCCGCCAUCAUGGCCUCUAAGCCCCUGAAACCAUAAGCUGGAUUAAACACUUCUUUUUAUAAUGUACCUGAGUCAUGGUGUUCUAUCAUAGCAUUAAAG